AUAAAAAGCCCCAGCUACCUAAGUGGUCAGAGGACGUGCAGCGGACAUUCAGGGUGCCUCUUUGGGGCCAAGGAAGGAGUACGACCCCGAGAAUCAUGCCAAGGCUCCCCCCUUUCCUGCGGCUGCUCCAAGCGCCUAUGAAGUUCACAGUGGUUCCUAAAGCCCAUAUCUCUGCCAAGCCAGCCAAAACUCCCACUUCCGCCGUGGAGCAGGCUGUGGGGAUCUCAGCCAUAGUCGUUGGCUUCAUGGUUCCAGCAGGAUGGGUCUUAUCCCACUUGGAGAGCUAUAAAAAGAGCUCUGCAGCAUGAAGUUGCCCAUCCCUGAGAGAUUUCAUUAAACACUUCAUCCGCCUA